AUGGGUAAACAACACGAUGACACACACGUAGCUUCUUAUAAAGCUCAAAAUGACGGACACGACCUACCGAUCUCCCAAGUACCCAACAAUGCUCAAGGAAGAGAUGUACCUGCUCAAGCUCAACAUUCAGGUCAUGUAGCUGAUCAUCAACAUGAUUUGAAGAAAGCUCAAAACGCUUUACAUGAAGGACUGAGAUCGGAAGGAGAACCAGGAAAUAAACCUGAUUCUGGAGCUCAGCAGCUUAACACCUAA